UUCUGAACGCAUUGUUUGUUGACUUGAUUACCAGCAGUUAAAAAGAUAUGUGUGUCACCUAAGAUAUCAUUUUAAUCGUGGGAAUGAAAGUACUUGGGGUACAUUUGAGCUGUUUUCUAACCACGUGUGAAAGCUGAUAGCUAACUGUGAAAAAGCCUGAGCUGCAGCUGGACAGAAGAAUGCGAGAAUAAAAGAGGAAGCCAGAGGAGGAGCCAGCAUAUGGCCGAGAACAGGAUUUAGAGAUGCUUUAGACACGUAUAAAGAUGAGUGACCGAGACAGCAGCAUCUCUGCCUCUCAAACAGAGGGAGAAUUCGAGGGAGAGAUGGAUGAAGAGCUUGAGGGAGACACGGAGAUGGAAGAAGAGAAAAGUGAGAAUGGGAGAGGCAGUCCGGCCCCCAGUCUCUCCAACAUCUCCUCCACUCUGCGCGCCGUUAUACGCAUCAAACAGAAGUACCAAGCGAUGAAGAAACGGCGUCAAGAGAUGGCCCUGGGGGGCCAGUGUCCCCUCACAGGCGCCCCAGGACGAACCAGCCCCAAAAUCUUCACCUUUGAUGGAAUCACCCCCACUGCUUUCUCCUCUCCAUCAUCCAGCAUCCCACAGAGGAAGAAGAGGAGGAAGAAGAAACGGGUGUUGUUUCCUGAAGGAGGGAGACGAAGGGCUGCACCAAAGCAGGACCGCAGCCGAGCCAAAUAUUGCCUGUAUCUGCUCUUUGCCAUCGUCUUUCUCCAGGUCUACAACGCCAUAGAGAACCUGGAUGACCACGUUCUUAGAUAUGACCUGGAGGGAUUAGAGAAGACACUGAGGAGGGAAGUGUUUGGGCAGCAGGGAGCUGUGGAGAGCCUGCUGUCCCACCUGAAGGACUACCUGUCUACCUACGUCCACAACAAGCCUCUGGUGGUAUCCCUGCACGGCCCGACCGGGGUAGGUAAGAGCCACCUGGGACGCCUACUGGCCGGACAUUUCCGCUCCGUGGUGGGUGACACGCUUGUGCUGCAGUACUAUGUGCUCCACCACUGCCCCCAGGAGGCGAACGCCCUGCAGUGUGCCAGUGACCUCUCAGCUCAAAUCUCGGAGAUGGUGGAACGAGCCGAGGAGGAGGAGAAAAUUCCGCUCUUCAUCUUCGACGAGGCAGAGCACAUGCACCACGAGAUCCUAGACACGCUGUUGCAGCUCGUGUCCUCCAACCAGUCCAAUGAAUACCUGAAUGCUAUUUACCUGUUUCUAAGCAACCUGGGUCAUGCACACAUCACCAAACAUAUGCUGCACAACUCUUCGAGUAUUUCCAUGGCGAUGACAGCAUCAGGUCGUCAUAGUAAUCUGGUAAAAGAGCUGACUCCUAUUUUACGUAGCAUGCUGGAAGAGCUUCACCCGCUUUGGACAGAGGCUGAUAUCUUACCUCUCAGUCUUUUGGAGAAAGGUCACGUAAUGGAGUGCUUCCUGGACGAAAUUACUCGAGAGGGAUUCUACCCGGAUCAUGCUAACAUAGAGCGGCUUGCGGGGGAGAUUGAAUACUACCCUGCAGUAGGGGGGCACGAAUAUUCCCAGACAGGCUGCAAGCAAGUGGUGGCUAAAGUCAACCUGCUGUGACAUGCUCUUGUUUGCAUUCUUUUAAACAUGGAGAAAAAGGAUUGAAUUUACAAUUAUGAAACUUGAAUGACACGAUUCAAAGCCAACGCUUUUAAGAGUGGUUUUGUAAGAAUGUAAUAAAAAAAAUUCACACACAAAAA